CUGACUUAAACGUCAUGUCAUCGCCCGAGACGAGUUCCCGCGUGAGCCCUAAGCGGCGCCCGCCGCCCCCGCCGAUGCCCUCGGGGUCUCCGGUGCGACACCCGCGCUCCUUCAAGCUCCGCUUCGCGGCCCAACACGUGCCGGGACACUCGAACCAGUCGGCUGUCCGCCCGCUCAAGCUGCCGGCUCUGGUGACAGACAAGUUUUGGCGUCGCGCAGGCCGCGAGGAAACCAUGGAAGCGGAGUCUGAAGAGCGGGCUUUGAACAAAGUGCGAGACAUGUUCGAGCUGGGGCCGAGGGAUAAACACGCCAGGCCUGUCCAGUCUUCGCACGAGUAAGUGAGACAACAUCACUGUAUGAACAG